AUGGCAAUUCGAGGUCUGCCCCUGGCCUGCAUGGCUGUGGCUAUUCUGUUUGAUCUCUCCAGCGCUGGCCUUGUGAAAAAAAUAAUAAGGCAUCGGCGAGAAGCCCUGAUGCCUCCUUCUAAUGAGAACUUAACCCUCCCCCAACCAGACCAGCCGGUGGUCUUCAACCACGUCUACAACAUCAAUGUCCCUUCUGGAUCUUUGUGCUCGGUGGACCUUGAUUCCCCUGGAGGAACUGAGCUCAAGCCCAAAUCUCAUCCCUCAGAACUACACACAGAGCAUACAAUGGAUGGGGAAAACCAGAUCAUCUUUACUCACAAGAUUAACAUCCCAAAGCAAGCUUGUGGUUGUGACAACUUGCCAGACCUGAAGGAUCUCCUCAACCGACUAGAGAUGCUAGAGGCGGAGGUGUCAAAUUUACGGGAGCAGUGUGGCAGUGGAGCAGGUUGCUGUGGAGCUCAGGUUACAGGUGAGAUCACAACCAAGCCAUAUUGCAGUGGUCGUGGUAACUACAGCACUGAGACUUGCAGCUGUGUUUGCGAACCUGGCUGGAAAGGAGUCAACUGCUCUGAACCUGAAUGCCCUAAUUUCUGUCAGGACCAGGGCCGCUGCAUUGAUGGCAAGUGUGUCUGCUUUGAAGGAUUCGGUGGUGAGGACUGUGGGAUUGAGCUGUGCUCAGUAGAUUGUGGUGAGCAUGGCGAGUGCAUUGACGGAGCUUGUGUCUGCUCAGAGGGCUUCAUUGGUGAAGACUGCUCCCAGACAAACUGCUUGAACAACUGCCUCGGCAGGGGGCGCUGUGUUGAUGGAGAGUGUGUUUGCGAUGAUCCCUGGACAGGCUUUGACUGCUCUGAACUUAUCUGUCCCAACGACUGCUACGAUCGUGGUCGCUGCAUCAAUGGAACUUGCUACUGUGAUGAAGGUUUUACUGGAGAGGACUGUGGGGAACUCACAUGUCCAAGCAACUGCAAUAAUCGAGGUGUCUGUGUGAAUGGACAGUGUGUCUGUAGCAUUGGCUACAGUGGGGAAGACUGCUCCAAGCUCACAUGCCCCAAUGAUUGCAAUCAGAGAGGCCACUGCUUCAAUGGAAAAUGCAUCUGUGAUCCUGGGUUCCAAGGCGAAGAUUGUGGAACUCUUUCCUGUCCAGACAACUGUAAUGACCGAGGCCGGUGUGUGAAUGGUGAAUGCAUUUGCGAUGCAGGUUACCAAGGAGAUGACUGCUCAGAGCUCUCUUGCCCAAACAACUGCUUGAACCGUGGACGCUGCGUUAACGGAAAAUGCAUUUGUAAGCAAGGAUACACAGGUGAAGACUGCAACAUCAAGACCUGCCCCAACGACUGUCACAAACGUGGAGAAUGUGUAGAUGGCAAGUGUAUUUGUCACACUGGAUACACAGGCAAAGACUGCAGCGAGCUAACCUGUCCAAACAACUGUCAUAACCGUGGUCGUUGUGUAAACGGAGAAUGUGUGUGCAACCGAGGUUUCGCAGGAGAAGACUGUAGUGAGAAGACAUGCCCAAACAACUGCCUAGACCGUGGCUAUUGUGUUGAUGGAAAGUGCGUCUGUUUUGAGGGUUACACAGGUCUGGACUGCUCUGUGCUGACCUGUCCAAACAACUGCAAUGACCAAGGUCACUGCUUGAAUGGAAUGUGCAUCUGUGAUUUGGGCUUCACUGGUGAAGACUGCUCUGAGAUCUCUCCACCCAGGGACCUGAAAGUGACUGAGGUUACACCAGAAUCAGUUGACCUGAGUUGGGUCAACGAGAUGGUAGUGACAGAGUAUCUUAUUACCUAUGUGCCUACUGCCCCCGGUGGCCUGGAGAUGGAUAUGCGGGUGUCCGGCGAGAAGAAAACUGCCACCAUCAGAGAGCUGGAGCCUGGUGUAGAAUAUCUAAUUAGUGUUUAUGCUGUCCUCAACAAUAAGAUGAGUGUUCCCGUUAGUGCCCGGAUAGCAACACACCUCCCUCAGCCUGAGGGUCUGAAGUUUAAAUCAGUCAGGGAGACUGCAGUGGAAGUUCAGUGGGACCCACUUGACAUCCCCUUUGAUGGUUGGAACCUCAUCUUCAGAAACACAAAAGAGGAGAAUGGAGAGAUUCUGAAUUCUCUUGCCCCACCCGAGACCACCUUUGAGCAGUCUGGUCUGGGGCCUGGCCAAGAAUACGAGGUCAAACUGGAGGUGGUGAAGAACAACACACGUGGACCCCCAGCUAGCAAGAACAUUGUUACAAUGAUUGAUGCUCCCAGUCAGGUGGAUGUGCGUGAUGUAACUGACACCUCAGCCCUUGUCACCUGGUUCCACCCUGUGGCUCAAGUGGAUGGAGUGUCUGUGUCUUAUGGCCCCAGCUCUGACUCUUCUGACAGGAACAUGGUGGACCUGUCCUCUACUGAUACCCAGUACCACAUUGACAACCUCUACCCUGACACAGAGUAUGAAGUGUCUCUGAUGGCCAAAAGGGGAGAGAUGACAAGUGUGCCUGUUUAUGAGACCUUCAUGACAGACCUGGAUGCCCCAAGGGACCUGCAGGCAGUAGAGCAGACGGAUGAAAGCAUUACACUGGAGUGGAGAAACAGCAGAGCCAAUGUCCUCAAUUAUCGUGUCAAAUACGGUCCAAUAUCUGGAGGAGAACACGGAGAGCUUCUCUUCCCCACUGGGCCAGAAGACACAACUCAGGCCAAGAUCACAGGUCUCAGGCCUGGAACAGAAUAUGGAAUGGGUGUGACAGCUAUAAAGGAUGAGCGAGAGAGCUUACCAACUACAACUAAUGCUCUGACAGAUCUUGACGCCCCCAAGGAUCUGGAGGUGACUGAGGCAACUGAAACCACCCUGGUGCUGAUCUGGAGAAAACCAGUGGCCAAGAUUGACAUCUAUCGUCUGGUAUUCGUGUCUGCCGAUGGACGGAGAGUGGAGGAGGAGAUUCCGGGUGGUUCUUCCACCCACACCUUGAAGGAGCUCACUCCUGGUAUGCUCUACACCAUCACCUUGGUGGCAGAACGUGGCAGAAAGAAGAGCCGUCCUGCUGAAAUCUCGGCCUCCACAGAAGAGGAGAAGCCUCAGGUGGGCGGGCUCACCGUUUCCAUGGUGACGUGGGAUGGCUUCACUGUUUCCUGGGAGCUGGAGAGAGGAGAGUUUGAGGGCUUUUUACUUGUGGUGUCCAACCCGGAUGAUAUCAUGGAUGGUCAGAACCACACCCUUUCUGGCCAGGAGCAUAAUAUGACCAUAGCAGGGCUCUCUCCCAGCACUCUGUAUCAGGUCGCCCUGUAUGGCGAGUACAGGGGUGCUCUUUUACAGCCUGUCUUUGCCGAUACCAUCACAGAAGCUGAACCUGAAGUGGAGCAUCUCUUCGUCUCGGACGUCACACAAGACAGCUUCAGACUCACGUGGACGGCUCCCGACAACAUCUUUGAAAGUUUUGUCGUUAGCGUCAAGGAUCCUAGCGAAUUUGCGCAACCACAAAUGAUCUCCGUGGCGGGACACGAGCGGACAGAAGUAAUUCAAGAUCUUGUUGAAGACACAGAAUAUGAGAUCCAAGUCUACGGAAUCAUUUCCGGACGGAACUUCAAUCCCAUAACGGGUGUAGCCCGAACAGGUCUUGGUACGCCGAAGGGCAUCCGUUUCUCCGAUGUCACCGACACUUCAGCCACUGUUCACUGGAGGAUGCCUCGUGCUCGUGUAGACAGUUACCGAGUCAUUUAUGUGCCUAUUGAGGGAGGAAGUCCCAUAACGCUGACCGUGGAUGGAGGGGAAUCACAGACUGUACUGCCCAACCUAACACCAGGAGUCACUUAUCAAGUGGCUGUCAUUGCAAUAAAGGGCUCAGAGGAGAGUGAACCAGGUUCAGAUACAGUCACUACAGCCCUGGACAAACCCCGAGGCCUGACUGCGGUCAACAUCACAGACACCGAGGCUCUGUUGCUAUGGCAACCCGCCAUUGCCACAGUGGAUGGUUACGUCAUCACCUACAGUGCUGAUACGGUGGCUCCUGUGAUGGAGAGAGUAUCUGGCAACAUCGUGGAGUUUGAGAUGAGUUCUCUCACCCCUGCUACCCACUACACUGUUAAAGUCUAUGCAGUGCGGGACUCCGCCAAGAGUGCUGCUACUACUACAGACUUUACCACUGAUGUGGAUGCCCCUCGUGACCUGGCCGUCCAUAACAUUCAGACUGAGAGUGCCAUGCUAACCUGGAAACCACCACGGGCAGAAAUUACCGGAUACAUCCUCAGCUUUGAGUCUGCAGAUGGUGUGGUUAGGGAGGUUAUAUUGAGUUCCACGGCAACCUCCUAUAGCAUGUCCCAGCUGAGCGCUUCCACAGAGUACACAGUCCGACUGCAGGCCAUCGCCGGGCCGAAGAGAAGCCGCCUGGUCUCCACCGUCUUCACCACCAUUGGUGUCCUGUACAGACACCCUAAAGACUGUUCUCAGGCAUUGCUCAAUGGAGACAGCACCUCAGGCAUCCACACCAUUUACCUGCGUGGGGAUGAGAGCCAGCCCCUACAGGUCUACUGUGACAUGACCACUGAUGGAGGUGGUUGGAUGGUGUUUGUCAGAAGACAGAGUGGUAAAGUUGACUUCUACCGCAACUGGAAGAACUACACAGCAGGCUUUGGAGACUUGAAUGACGAAUUCUGGCUAGGUCUGUCUAACCUUCAUAAGAUCACGUCAUCUGGCCAGUACGAGCUUCGAGUGGACCUGAGAGAUAAGGGCGAGUCCGCUUAUGCCCAGUACGACAAAUUUACGGUUUCUGAACCACGUAGCCGCUACAAGGUCCAUGUGGGAGGAUACAGUGGAACAGCAGGAGACUCAAUGACUUACCAUAACGGCCGUCCAUUCUCAACCUAUGAUCAUGACAAUGAUAUAGCUGUCACCAAUUGCGCCUUGUCUUACAAAGGAGCCUUCUGGUAUAAAAACUGUCACCGUGUGAAUAUUAUGGGCCGAUAUGGUGACAACAGCCACAGUAAGGGCGUCAACUGGUUCCACUGGAAAGGUCAUGAGCACUCCGUUGAGUUUGCCGAGAUGAAGAUCAGACCCUCCAACUUCAGAAACUUUGAGGGGCGGAGAAAACGCUCGUAA